ACGGAGAUCCCGCUAAGAUCGGGGCCUUUGACACCCCGCCCCCUUCCCCAACUCUUACGUGCUGUCAUCAGCUUCCCCUGCCGUAGCUACUUUUCAUGGACCCAGGAGUCCGGACACCCAGGUCCCCAGCUCCUUCGCCAGGAAUGGAAGCAGAAAACCAAGGCCUCAGCCCCUUUCCAAAGCCGCCAGACCUGACUCCAGAGGAGCGGAUGGAGCUGGAGAACAUCCGGCGGCGGAAGCAGGAGCUGCUGGUGGAGAUCCAGCGCCUGCGGGAGGAGCUCAGUGAAGCCAUGAGCGAGGUGGAGGGUCUGGAGGCCAAUGAGGGCAGUAAGACCUUACAGCGGAACCGGAAGAUGGCAAUGGGCAGAAAGAAGUUCAACAUGGAUCCCAAGAAGGGGAUCCAGUUCUUGGUGGAAAACGAACUCCUGCAGAACACACCCGAGGAGAUCGCCCGCUUUCUGUACAAAGGCGAGGGCCUGAACAAGACAGCCAUCGGGGACUACCUGGGGGAGAGGGAAGAGCUGAACCUGGCAGUGCUCCACGCCUUUGUGGAUCUGCACGAGUUCACCGACCUCAAUCUGGUGCAGGCCCUCAGGCAAUUUCUAUGGAGUUUCCGCCUCCCCGGAGAGGCCCAGAAGAUCGACCGGAUGAUGGAAGCCUUUGCACAGCGGUACUGCCAGUGCAACCCCGGGGUGUUCCAGUCCACAGACACGUGCUACGUUCUGUCCUUCGCCGUGAUCAUGCUGAACACCAGCCUGCACAACCCCAACGUGCGGGACAAGCCGGGCCUCGAGCGCUUCGUGGCCAUGAACCGGGGCAUCAACGAGGGCGGGGACCUGCCUGAGGAGCUGCUCAGGAACCUCUACGACAGCAUCCGAAAUGAGCCCUUCAAGAUCCCUGAGGAUGAUGGGAAUGAUCUGACCCACACCUUCUUCAACCCGGACCGGGAGGGCUGGCUCCUUAAGCUGGGGGGUCGGGUAAAGACGUGGAAGCGGCGCUGGUUUAUCCUCACAGACAACUGCCUCUACUACUUUGAGUACACGACGGAUAAGGAGCCCCGAGGAAUCAUCCCCCUGGAAAAUCUGAGCAUCCGAGAGGUGGACGACCCCCGGAAGCCGAACUGCUUUGAGCUUUACAUCCCCAACAACAAAGGGCAGCUCAUCAAAGCCUGCAAAACGGAGGCCGAUGGCCGGGUGGUCGAGGGGAACCACAUGGUCUACCGGAUCUCAGCGCCCACACAGGAGGAGAAAGACGAGUGGAUCAAGUCCAUCCAGGCAGCUGUGAGUGUGGACCCCUUCUAUGAGAUGCUGGCGGCCAGGAAGAAGCGGAUUUCUGUCAAGAAGAAGCAGGAGCAGCCCUGACCCCCCGCCCCCAACUCCGUUAUUUAUUACUGAGCCGCCCCGCCCACGAGGCCGGACCCGGGACCUGGGGCUGCGGAUCCUGGUUCCCCCUUUGGAAAAUUCACCACCUCUAGCUCCUCUCUUAUUUGUAAUUAACACGCUGUUGGUAAUCUUAUUAAUUAUUGAACCGCUC